UUCACUUUUAUCUUCGACUUCACAUUUUACACCAAUAAUUCCUUCAAAACUUGCCCAAAAGAAUUUAAAUUCACUCGCAGUAGUUCAAUGAAAUGGCCAUCCUUAACCUGAACCAUUUUCCGAACGUAUGCCGGUUGUGUAUCCAGCCCAAACCUGACGAGCAGUUGAUACCCAUCGAGUGCAGUACCUUGGAACAUGGGACUCAUACGAUGCUCGAGUUGCUAAACAAUUUCACGUUCGAAAUGCCCAAGGAUGUUAGUGAACUUGUUCCUAAAACUGUGUGUGCAAAAUGUUUCGCCGUAUUUGAAUUUGCAGUCCAGUAUCAGUUAAAACUGAACUUGCUAAUGAAAUUUCAAGUGGCGUUUGCUAGACUAAAAACAGGAAAUAGGACCCAGAUGGUGGAUCUGUUUAGCGAUAGUAAGCCUGCUUUGGAAAAUAUGUUUAGGGAACUAACCAUCUGUGAACCGGAAGAGGUUCAGCUUGAAAGAUUUCUCGAGUAUGAUCCCGGUAUAGCUAAGGACUCUGAUUCAGAAACUACAACGGUGGUAAAACUCGAAGAAGGUCAGAAGAUCACUGAACGGCAAGACGAUAUAGAGUAUUAUAAUGUGGAGUACAUAGAAGAUGGAGAGGCUCCCGGCAAGCAAAAUGAAGAAUUUCAAGAGGCUAUAGAAACUAUUGAGUUUCUGGAAGACACCGAAGACUGUUCGGAAACAUUCUUCAUAACAGAAUGUGAAGAAAAUUCCCAAUCGGAGCUACAAUCAUCCAAGCAAAAAUCAAAAACUAGAAUGCUUCAAUGUCCUUUCUGUGAAUAUCGAACGACCUCGAAUGAAAUGUUCCAGCAUCAUAGGGAUCGACACGAAAAUCCCAAUGAUGAGAACCCAUGGAAAUGUUCGUUCGCUAAAUGCAGCGAGGCUUAUGCCACGAAAGAGGAUUUGCUGAAGCAUAAGAAGGAAAUGCAUUCCAAGUACGUUUGCGACAUUUGUGGCAUGGUGUUGAAGCAUAAAUAUACGCUGGAGCUUCACUUGAGGAGACACAAAGGGGACAGCAAGUAUCCCUGUCAAUACUGUUCGACGUCGUACUUUACCUCGAACGAGCUAAAGCUUCACAUGUCCGUAAUUCACCUGAAUGUAACGGAUUUCCUAUGCAAUGAUUGCGGAUUGGCUUUCAAAAACAAGAAAUCGCUAGCUCUACACGAAAAGACGCAUUCCGAGCAGCGUAGCUUUCCAUGCGAUGAAUGCAACAUGGCUUUCAAGACAUCGGCCCACCUUCGGCGACAUCACAACAACGUCCACCGAGCAAUCAAAUUCACCUGCACCAUGUGUACGGUGAGCUACGGUCGAAAAGAUAAAUUGAGAAUGCACAUGGAAAAGUCCCAUAAUAUUCAAACCUACUUUCCGUGCGAAAUCUGUCUAAAAUCAUUCACAACGUCCGUUGAUUUACACGAACACAAAGAGCACCACGACAAUCCCAAGGAUCUGGAAUGCGCCGUGUGUUUGUCGGCAUUUUUCAAUCAGCAAGAAUUCGACGAACAUCUCUGCAUAAGCUAUCGCGAUGAUUACAUUUGUUGCGAUCGGGAUUUUAAAUAUCACCUCCAGUACAACAAGCACAUGUUCCUUGUGCAUGGUCGGAAAACCAACGCCCGUGUCAGACCGGCAUCCAAUCAGCUGCUGGGUGCGGCCAGGGCCUCUCGCAAACAGGUGGAGCGAUGUACGAAGUGUGAACAAGUGUUUCCCACGAGGAAGCUCAAGAAAGAUCACAUGGCCGUUUGUCUGCGCAUUGAAAAUCAUUUGGGAGUAGUCGAACUGCAGCAGGAACAACAGACCGAAUUUUAUGAAGACGAUCUAAUGGAAAUAGAAGAUAAAAGUCAGCUGAUGGAAUCGCUGCCAGUACAGGCGCCACAAGAUUUGACGCAUGUAGUUGUUAAAAUGCAGUAGUACCUACUGAAUGCGUAUCUUAAU